CAUACAGCUGUAUUUUUUUUAACAAAUAAAAGUUAUAUUGUAAAUUUGCUUGUAUAUAAGUAACCGUUCGAUGAUCCACGACGAAAGUUUAACUUAGCUAGCUAGUCGUUUAGGUUUCCUAAGAUACCUGGCGUUUGCCUGGACUGUCUUUCGUGCUAGCUAGCUUAGCUAGCCUUUCUCCGGAGCAGACUGAAGGAAAAGAAGGAGAGAGUCGCUGCCGACAUAAACUGAAAUCAUCUGACCUGCAGCUCUGAGAAGUAUACUUAAUCGUCUCUGCUGAAGGGGAUGUCAAGCACAGCAAUGAAGAAAAAGGUGCUACUGAUGGGAAAAAGCGGGUCUGGAAAGACCAGCAUGAGAUCAAUCAUCUUUGCUAAUUACAUAGCUCGUGACACACGCCGCCUUGGAGCUACAAUUGAUGUGGAACACUCCCAUGUACGGUUUCUUGGCAAUCUGGUUCUGAACCUGUGGGACUGUGGAGGACAGGACACAUUCAUGGAGAACUACUUCACCAGUCAGAGGGACAACAUUUUCAGAAACGUGGAGGUGCUUAUUUAUGUAUUCGACGUUGAGAGCCGUGAGCUGGAAAAAGACAUGCACUACUACCAGUCGUGUCUGGAAGCCAUCCUGCAGAACUCCCCUGAUGCCAAAGUAUUCUGCCUUGUGCACAAAAUGGACCUUGUGCAAGAAGACCAGAGAGAUUUGAUCUUUAAGGAGCGUGAAGAAGAUCUGAAGAGACUGUCCAGACCUUUGGCUUGUACAUGCUUCAGGACGUCAAUCUGGGAUGAAACCCUGUAUAAGGCCUGGUCUAGCAUAGUAUACCAGCUCAUCCCAAACGUCCAGCAGCUAGAGACAAACCUGAGAAAUUUUGCACAGAUCAUUGAGGCAGAUGAAGUCCUUCUGUUUGAGAGAGCCACCUUCCUGGUGAUCUCCCACUAUCAGUGCAAAGAGCAGCGUGAUGCUCACCGAUUUGAGAAGAUCAGUAACAUUAUCAAACAGUUCAAACUCAGCUGUAGUAAACUUGCCGCCUCUUUCCAAAGCAUGGAAGUGAGGAACUCCAACUUUGCUGCCUUCAUUGAUGUCUUCACCUCCAACACUUAUGUCAUGGUUAUCAUGUCAGACCCAUCUAUUCCAUCUGCAGCCACUCUCAUCAAUAUCCGUAAUGCUAGGAAACACUUUGAGAAGUUGGAGCGGGUGGAUGGACCUAAGCACAGCCUACACAUGCGGAUGCGCUAGCUGGUGCAUUUUGUCCCAGUGGACACUCCCAGCCAAUCAGUCGACAGACCCAAGACAGCACACUAUGGUCUUUCAGCUCUGAUACAUAUGAGCAGCCCUGCACCCUUUCCUCUAUGUCUUCACAUUCAAUCAGUUAUUAUUAGAGAAAUCAUAUUUCUUUUGGUCUAAUUUUUACAGUAUCUUGAACUGAAUUCUUUUGAAAUAUUUGUUCUAACUUGAUACAUUAAAGAAAACUGAAUAGUUGUUUGCUUAUGAA